AUGGCCGCUGGGAUAAUACAAAGCCUAAGCAAAUUUAGACUCCCCGCAGCGUUCCAGAAUCCGUUCCUAUCCACUGCAGCCUGCCAGGAAGUGAUUUUCCAAGACUUAUCCGAUGAGGAAGAAAUGGAGGAGGAGGAAGAGGAGGAAGAGGAAGAAGAAGAAGAAGAAGAAAGGGAGGAUAUGGAAACAGGCAGCAAUCCUGCAGGCCGCAGGCCGGACAGCGGGGCCACCGACGACGCCAACCUGAGCAACAUGGAAAUGACACUGCAGCUCCUUCGAUUCGCUGAGCGCAUCAGUGAUGACAUCCAGAGGUUUUUUGGCCGGAAGAGCAAAGAGGAAUGCCCGGACUCCUGCAACAUCUACGAGAACUGCUGCUCCCCUCCCCUGUCAGGGCAGGUGCUGUACUAUGCCGACUUGGUCAGGAUUUCUCAAGGUGGGGAGCCUGAGGAUGAUGGUGGUGACUUUCCUGGCCCUUCCAAAGCCCUGGUGCCGAUGGACUGGCAGCUAUGGUGGUCUUUCUGCAGCCAAGAGGAAGCCAAGAAGCUGGGCCCUCUGGCCGAGCUCUUUGAAUAUGGCUUGGGCAGGUACGUCAAGCGGCAAGCCUCCUCAGAGCACCGGAAGCUGAGGCUGGAGCGGAAGUAUGCCCAUGUCGCCCCCAUGCAUGGCAGGAAGUUGCCCCAGUCUUUUUGGAAAGAGCCGGCCCUCAGCUCCAUCUGCAUGCUCAACAGCAACCCUCCAGAUUUCAGUGACCUGCUGGCCAACUGGACUUGUGAAACCAGCCAGGAGGGCCUUAAUACUGGCCGAGAGCAUCCCAGCGAGGCUAACAGGAGGGUGGAGAACAUGGACCAUUUUGGCGGCCUAUGAGGCUUCAGAAGGGCAGUCACUCCUGGAUCCUGACCAGAGCUUGGAAAAGUUACUUUUUUGAACUAC